GAUCACAUAAAUUAUGCGGGGAUAAUCCCACACCGAACCGCGCCAGUCCACCUAAUCGGCACAUGCUCAUCGGACCGAUCGGGCAGCCGGCGUGCGAAUCAAUACUCCAUUAUAAGCACAGACAGCAAACGGAUGCGGUGGUAGGAGCAGUUAUUAAUGUAUAAUAGUUGUUGACCCACGACAGAGAUGAUAACAAUGGCGAUUAGGGCAUGCAGGGGACAGCGACGUGCAGCUUAUCGGGUCGGGAUCAGCGCAGUGCGGGCGUCCCAGCUCAUGGUCAGGAUCCCGGAACGUGCCGCGACAGCCCCGAGAGGGUUCGGCGAGCGCGCACCAGUUGCAAAAAAGAAUGGUGCGAUUCAGUCGAGGUCGCCGUGCGAAGGAGAAAUCGGAGAGAGCAACCAUGGCGCUCUUGUCCUCGAGUUCCUUUGGUUCAGAGAACCUCGGUUUUGCUGCGAUGCUGUUGCUGAUGAAAUUUCAGCAACAUGGAAUUUUCACCUGGUCAGAAAAGGGCAGUUCAGCAGGUACAAGGUUGACGCUGAACAUUCAUAUGCAAGCAAGAACCGAGUAGCAAAAACUGUAGCACCUUUAUUCAUCUCAAGUUCUCAACACAGCAGCAACUGA